AAAUUUAAAUUUUCGUAGAGCAUUAGGCUAAUCGUGAAAAUGGCUUCAGCUGGGAAGAGAAGACGGCUAUCAGAAACCGCCGCCAGUUUUAUUGUCGAUUCUCUUCUUUUAUUAGAGGUUGCAGAUACAUUAGAAAACCUGUGCUCUGUUAACCCUUCCAAAAACGUUUUAAUUUUACCAAUGAAAAUGAAGAAUAGCAACGCAGCUCAUUCGGGGGAGGGUUGCUCAUUCUCUAAGGCAUAUUGCGAUGUAGCAAACAAGGAAACAGGGUUUUAUUUUGUUGAUGUCUUUCGACGAGGGCUGGACAUGCUACUUGAAUUUGUUCAUGAUAAGAAAUUACCCGAGAAGACACAAGAAAAAUUCAUCUUAAGAAAGUUGCUGGAGUUUUUAUCGGCAGAUGAAUGCAUUUCUGAUGUCCAAGGAUUAACUGAAACGGAAUUAACAGCAACAUUAGCAAAUCAUCUGUUUGGAAAGUUAGCAACAACAGCAAAUUAUGUGAUGGAUGCAAAGUGUGCAGGCAAGAAGACCAAUCAAUGUCUUUGUGGAGGAAAAGAUUGCAUUUUGACAGGAAGAUAUGGUGAUACAAGCAUAGGAAAUGCAGAAGUUUGGCAUGGAAAUAUAAAAAUCAUUUUAAAUGGCAAUUGUGUUAUUGAGCCAGAUUCCGGAAAUCAAGGUGGAACAACAACUUUAUCAACGAAUCCUCAGAUCAUCGCAGAAACUGUGGUGUUCUCCUUUCUGCAAAAACAGAAUCACCCAGAGAGGGAAACCUUCCUCGCUCCAUGUAUUGGUGUGAGAUAUUCAGAUUUGUUUGUCAUGUUUUAUGAUGCGGAGCAUGAUGUUCUCUUAGAGAGCUGUAGGAUUCCAUUGGCCAAGGCAAAAGAACCCAACAAGUUCAGUGUGACAGCAGUCAUUGUAUCUUGGAUGGUUGUCAACUACAAGUUUUUAUGCACAGGUUUAACAGAGGAAAUGAUAAACUUUUACAAAGCAGAGUUUUUUGAACAAGCGGGGUCGAAACUUGAUGUCUACAAAGUAAAACUAUACAUGGGUAACGUUACGUCACUGCAAACCACUGUUGCUAAGCCACGUCAGUUUCCAGGUAGAGAAAAUCCAUAUAUGAUUGAAAGACGCAAGACAUUGAAAGAAGCUGUGGAGCAAUGUGAAGAAAAAUUUUCGCAUGCAGGAUUCACUCGGGGACAUUUAAGUCACAAUUAAAUUUGAGUUUUUGUAGUUGAAGUGUUGCUUUAGUUGUAAUUAAAAGAAAUUUUCUUAA